AGGAAGACAGAUUCAAAGUCAGCGUUUUAUACUGCAUCGAAUGAUAUACAGCUUGUUUGGUUUGACCACUUCGACUUUUGAUCAUUCCCUUGUAAGCUUUACCAAUUUCAGAUAAACAUCUUGUGGUUCCAGACUUGGAAAUUAAUACUACGCGAUGUUGUUGCGUGUGGCGCUUACGCCACUGUUGUCAUCGGCGGUGGAAGCGUCCACUCUUCUUGCUGUUCCGAAACCGUCAGUCACCCUAUUCCAGUCUCGUGGACGACGUCGCACGCUCACUCCUUCUCCAUGGCUACCUCCGGUUGCGGAGCGAAGUCAUGAAGACUUUUUGGAUGACGCAAACCGAACACUGCUCUGCGAGGUAGUCGCUGCAGAGAAGAGAGCUGCCAUGAGCUUGGCCGCUACGAGCACGCAACAGUGUGAGGCGGCGCUAGCUGAAAUAGAACCGCCAGUCAGGCGGGUAGGAUUAUUAGUGCGCAAAAUAGGAAUGCUGCCGCAAUGGACCGUUGAUGGCGAUCGCAUCUUAUGCACUCUUCUUGAAGUUCGCGAGAAUCACGUCGUGAGCGUCAUUUCGCCAGAGGAAUGGUAUCGUAGGAGCAUAGUGGGAAAGAGGAAAGCUUUCAACAGAGAAGGUCCUUUGUGGAAAGUUACAGUGGGCGCUAUCAACGGCAACUAUGACAGGUUCACUCAUGCCUAUCGUAAACAGUUUGAACGUGCUUGUGUUCCUGUAAAGAAGCAUCUGGGAUCAUUUUUGGUGUCCGAGGAAGCAUUACCAACCGUAGGAACUAGCUUAGAUGCUCGACAUUUCACUGUGGGACAGUAUGUGACUGCCACAGGGAAAACCAUUGAUUGGGGAUUUCAAGGUGGUAUGCAUCGAUGGGGAAUGAGAGGACAACCUGCGAGAAACACCACCAAGUCACAUCGACGCAUUGGAGCUAUUGGUUCAACAGGUGAUGCUCGCGUUUGGCCUGGUAAACGUAUGCCAGGCCAUAUGGGCUAUGAAUGGGUCACCGUGAGCGGGCUUGAGGUCGUUCGUAUGAAUAUCGACAAACAGGUUAUUUACGUCAAGGGAAGUGUACCUGGCGAUAUUGGAGAGAUUUUGCUUUUGAAAGACUGCUUACAGCCGGAGAAGAAGCUCAAAACUGGUUGUCUUCCCACAUGGACACCCUCAGUUGAAGAAGGUAGCGAUACAGAGAAGAGUGCAGAUGUGUUGCGCGACAAGGAAUUACUUUCACCAAAACUCUUCAAUUUCUCUUCACCGACCAUAAUGUUCUCCGAUGAAGACGCAAAGAAAGCUCUCGGACGAGACAAGACAAAAGCUAAAAUAGCCAAAGUCAAGAAAUAGUCAAGAAAACAUCACAUUGCCUAGUAUGUAUAUGCAGUGUUUUAAGUUUGAUUAUGAAUAUCCAUCUGA